AGGAAAGACAAACUGAGAAAUGACCAGUCAUAACAGUGAAGUUAUACAAAAUAUAUAAAAAUGCAUUUGCUUAAACUCUCUGUAUUAGUUAUUAUUUCGUGUCUAUGUCCAACGGAAAUAUAUUCUGAGGACAAUCCAUUUAUUAAAAAUGAAAACGGAAAGUUGGUUGUACCCGAAUUGGCAAAUUAUUGUGUCCUGUCCAUGGUCAAUGAUAAUGAGAAAAUGCCUGUUCCUUUCAAGACGUAUGGUGAUACUCAAAUGCCCAUGAUCCAUUAUCCAUCCUUGAAAGAUAUGAUGUUAUUGAGAAAAGAUGAUAUCCUUAGACUAUCGUGCACGAAAUCUCGAUUUUCGCAUGACCGCAUAAAACAUUUGGACGAACUAACAGUCCGCUGCGUGGGAUACAAUAAUCUCGAAUUCGAAGGUCAUAAUUACCACUUUAAUGAGUUGGAGUGCGAAUCAACUCCCUCGGCGGAUUUCAUUUUUGUUAAUGCAUCGUGCCAUUCGGGCCAAUACGAUGUGUACGCGGUCGGUUUUACCAUAAGAAAAGGACUUAUCCCGGUUUACACAAUUUGCUUUAACCCCAAGACCAAGGACACUUUAUAUACGUGGUACAGUGCUAGAUUACCGUUCAUGAGAACGAGCAAAGAAUACGAGGCAAAAAAGUUCUUCCAAUCAGAAGAUUUGUACGGCCACAUGGACUUGGACACAUUGUACACCGUCGAAAAUCAAACUUACAUUAUCGGCGAGUUUCUCAAAAAUAAGGAAUUAGCGGAAAAAUACGUAAAACGUGAAGAGGAUAAAUAUCUGAUCAAAGGUCAAUUGGCUUCCUCAAAAGAUUUUUACUACGUUUUCGAACAGCUUGCAGCGUUUUACUACGUGAACACGGCCCCCCGGUGGAAAAAGUUCGACGACGACCGUUGGGCCUUACUGGAAGAAUCGCUGCGGGAUAUGGUCUUCCAGACCGGUAACAGAUACAUGUUCGUGUCCGGCGUGUACGGCUCGUGCAAGCUGCGCGACAAGAACAACGUAUACCGCCAUCUGUCCCUGUCUGAAAAUGGGGAGAUAACGGUACCGAUGGUCUUCUGGAAACUAUUGUACAACGUAGACGAUAAGGGCGGAAUCGUAUUCUUGGGCACGAACAACCCGUACCUGAAAGACGAGGAGUUUUCGUUCCUGUGCGAGAACCUGUGCCAGAAUGGUUACAGGUCCGAUAACGCCGGUGCCGAGCUGUUCAAGGCUCCGAACCCGGUCUAUUGCUGCGACUUAGAUUCGUUCCAACGCGUUUACGGUAUGAUUACGCCCGUACAGGUUUACAAAUACUUAGAGAGUUUGGAUGUGCAUAUCGACGAGAACACUUCGGUAUAGGAAAACGCAAUGUAAAAUCCGGAAGAAUGGUACAUUGCAUCGGAUCUAUUUGUGUUAUCAAAAUAAUUGUGCACCGAUUAGUACUUGGUGAAAUUUAAAACGUAUUUACACAUUUUAUAGAUUUUUGUACCGUAAAAUAAUAAAAACAAUUAUUAAAAAUUAAUUAAAAACCGACCAGGCUGAAGCUGGAUAGAUUAGAUAACAAAUUAUUGAAAAUAAAUUAAUUUAUAAGGUUAUCGUAUGGUGUAUACUUUAAAUAUUGACCAAUUUAUAAAUUCAUGUUAAGUCUAUGAUAUCGGGACUGUAAAAAAUAAUUAUGUAAAAAAUAAAAUCGUCAAUCGUCAUUUAAAAUUGUUGACAGUUAAAAGUAU